AUGGAAGCUGAGAAGAAGCCGAUGCGGGUGCUGGUGACGGGUGGCAGCGGGCUUCUGGGAAAAGCCAUAGAGCAGGGGUGGAGCCAACAUGUCUGCGGGCCUGUUUUCAGCAGUAUGGGCGGCGGGGAUGAAACAGCUCUGGAGGUCUGGGGAUCGGGUCGAGGACUACGUCAGUUCAUCUACUCUGUAGAUUUAGCUCGUAUUUACGUGUGGGCUCUGAGAGAAUACGAUGAAAUUAAGCCCAUCAUUCUUACAGUUGGAGAAGAAGAUGAGAUAUCCAAUAAAACUGCAGUCGAUGUGAUUGUGGAAGCUUUCGGCUUCACAGGACCUGUGAUUUAUGAUACCAGCAAACCCGAUGGCCAGCUGAAGAAAAUGGCAAACAACGCCAAACUGAGACGCUACCUUCCUAAUUUUACCUUAACUCCAUUCCAUAUAGCUGUGAAGGAGACGUGUGAUUGGUUAGCUGCUAAUUAUGACAUCGCUCGCAAAUGACCGUCCAGCUUGAAACUGAUGAGUGACACGUUCUUCACACUUUGCAGCAUGUAAUGUGAAGCACCUGUCAACGCUCUUCAGCCACAGUUUUCCAUAAAAUCUCAGGAUAUCGGUUUACAAAUUGAUUUAAAAUCAAACUGGUGUGCCUUAUUAUUCUGAUUAAAUCAUCUAAAAUUAUUAACAAUAGAAAUUAGAUUGUUUAAAAAUCACUGUGGUGUCUGGAGAAUUAAAUGCAGUCAAUCGGUGACAACUGUGAGAAUUAUGUGAUUAUUAAAUAAUACACAAACAGAUUUAUACAGAUUCUUUAGGCCCUUUAACUAUGUCUUAUUUUCUAAAUGAUAUUCACUGAUAUUAUUGCUGUAGGGGUGACCUUGUGGAAACAUGGCUGCUGAUGUAACAAAUCAAUAUAUAU